GCGCGGCAGCAGCAUCGCGCCUUUACGUGGAGGCCAUCAACAAAUUAGCGAAACAGGCACAGCAGGGCACAUGGGGCGGUUCGGCGGAUAUCGGUUCGGCCCUUCUGCAGAUCGUCGAAGUGUACAAGGAAAUUCAAUCUCAGCAGAUGAACAUUUUAAAGGCGUUUUAUGUGGACCUUCUGGUCCCUCUGGAAACCAACUUGGAGAAAGACACUAAAGUUGUACAGAGCGAACAAAAGAGAUUUCUGCAGCAACAUAAGCAACGCUCCGAGACGUACAGCAAAGCGGCAGCUACAAUGAAGAAACAGCGGAAGAAGAACAAGGGCACCACCAAGACGGGGCUCGCCAUGGACAAGGAGCUCAAGAACAUGCAGGUGCUGGAAGAAGAGAAAUCCAAAUUAGACGCUUUCUGUGAACAGAGUCUGAAGACGGCCAUGACGCAGGAAAGACGGCGGUAUGGGUUUGUGCUAGAGCGCCAGUGUUCGUUGGCGAAACACUACUUGGCGUAUCACAGUCAGGGGGGCACAGUGCUGCAGAGACAUCUCGACGACUGGCAGGAGGUGGCCCAAACACGAGAGUUCCUCCCAGAACCUGUGGAAGCCAUGUUCACUAAUAGACUGCGGCAAGUGAGUUUCUGGCCAGACGAGGAUCUCUACUCAUCUCCCAGAAGUCCCAGUGUGGAGGAUGACCGUCUUUCUAUUGCAUCACAACUGAGGAAAACAAAGUCAAUGGAUGCCUCAUGCCUGGACAUGCGCUCCAUUAAUGAUGCCACAAGUCCCAUGAAACCUUUGUCCAGAGCAAAGUCAGACUUCAACCUAACUGCCUCCACACACUCCCUCGUGCACGGCCCAGACACUCCUUCAAGACCGAAAUCAAUGGCAGUUCCUGAUAGAGGACCAGGCUGGGACACCCAACUUGCCAGGGCCCUGUAUGCCUACCUGUCCAGUGGAGACAACCAGCUCAGUUUCCUUGAGGGAGACAUCAUUGCUCUUAUGGGUGAAAGGAACAAGGGUUGGCAGUUUGGGGAAAAUCUGAGAACUCAGUGCAGCGGUUGGUUUCCACUAGCAUACACAGAACUUCUUCUGGAUGACACAAGCUCUCCAACGCAUCAGAGGAUACAGAGCCUGGACUCCACUGGGUCCAGUACAGCUGCUACAACACCAGCAACGCCUACUGCUGGAGGUUUCAGCAUAACCUCUCAAAGUGGCCCAGGAGCUGGCAGCCAAGGCCAGCAGGCACAGCUGCAGCAACAGCCAAGCAGUCUGCUUUCGGGUAAAUCUGGAAUUGCCAGCCCUGAUACCACCACAGCGACAUCCCCUCGGCCCUCUGCCGCUACCACCCCAGUAACAAUGUUUGGCGACACUCUCCUGCACCACAGAGCCACCAAGCAGAUACGUCGUGGGACUACAAUUUCUGCUAGCAACGUUGGUCCCCCUCCAGCUCUUCCCGCACCUGUUCCCACACCAAAAGUUCCAGCUUCAUCGACGCUUCCCGUUGCACGAGGAGUGGCAGAUAGGCGUCUGAUACACCCACCUCCGAUGCCACCACUCCCACUGCUUGGAAAUGCAAAGAGACCACCAGGAGCUAUUGGAAGCGGUAUUGGGAAUGCCAGUCUCCACAGUAGUAAUGACAGUGGCUUCAGCAAUGACCCCCCUCCAGCCCCAGAGGUAGACUACUCUGAUGAAGACAGCACCAGCAGAAAGCCUCCAGACCAUAAAGCAGUGAGGCCACAUAAUGGAACACCAGAAGAUGAAGAUCCUUCUACACCUGUAAAUAUAGUGCAGAAACGCAAAAAGCAGCUGCUAUCUUCCGUUAGAGGCUGGCUUCUGUAUAAGUCAGCACUCGACCUCUGGGAUGAUGUGAACAGCCAGCAUGUGAAUAGUCUCCCAAACAGCAAGCAAGGAAAUGCAUCAACCAGUGCUCAACAUCCACUUGCUUUGCGCCAAUCAUCAAGUGUUGGACACCUAGCAACAUUGGGACGUUACAGUGGAGAUAAGAAUCAGGCUGCAAUGACUCUCCCAACAGAUAUCCAGCGACCUUUACCUAAAGAGAUAAAAUCAAUGGAACUCUUAACAUCUUCAGGAAAGAAAAGUUUUAUGAGCAAUGGUGCAGGAGGUGGUACAAUGGUAAAGAGGAGCAAAUCUCUGUGGAAAUUCAGGAGAUUUAAUCGAGAUGAUGAUGGUAUCCUUGAAGGAAUGUCUCUAUGGCAACAUCGCUCUCUUGUUGAUGUCCACAUUGCAGUGCAACAAGAAGAGGAGGCAACAUUGUCAACACCAACAACAGUAAAGAAAAAGUCAACAGGUACCAACACAUCCCAGAUAAUUGACCCUGAAUUACCUUCAAACAACAAGUGCCCAACUCCAGUCAUGAGAAUGAAACUUGUGCCUGUUAAAGACGAUCAGGGUAUUUUAAAUGGUAAUGUUGGCACACCUCCAAAACCUAUGGAGAGGAAAAGCAUAAAGGCAACUCAGAAUGGUGGGAUCUCUACAAAUAAAGAAAGCAAUGCCAGAAAUAAGAGUCCUGUGCCAACUUCAAAGAAGCCACCACCCAGAAAUAAUGUUGAUACCAAGGAUGAUGAUGGUUUGCUGAUACCAAGAUCAGUCCAGCAACAGUACUGUUCCUCUGAUGAGGAAGAUGAUGUUGAUGAUGAAGAAGAAGAAAACACUGAUCUUGAGAAUGGUGACAGUGAGUCAUGUAUUGUGGUGGAUGACCACAUGAAGGCUAAGAUUAGUUUAAGCAGAAGGCAGCAGAUUUUGAGGGAAGCCAGGGCAUCAAUUGAGAGAGGAACACUGUUACCUCGCACGAGGCUUGUGAAGGAACAUGGACGGAAAACCAGAGUGGAAAUCCCAAAUUCUGCAGAUGGGCUCUUGUACUAUGGACGUACCCUACAAUAUCGAUUGAAGAAACCUGAACGUGGGUCCAGAUUUGACCAAGUGUCAGAGAUCACAGGAAACAUAUACGGACCUUGGUAUGAUUUAUGGGGUGUUGAUUCAUCUGUUAGACAGUGAACUGAGUUGUGGAAUACAGAGACAAGGACUGUUUGAUAAAUUAGGUUACUCAUUACCUACAUAAUGAUGAUUUUAUGAUUUUCUUUAAAAUUACAUAUUAUUUUAUUACAUAUGGGCUGCUCCCUCCAUUGUCUGUAGAUUUUAACUCUCUCACUAUAUGCUCAAUUUCAGUACAUGACACUGUACAUAAUAUUGAAUUUGUAAUUUUACAGAAGUGUUUGUUUAUAAUAAAAGUUUACAUACCUAUUAUUUUCUUCAAGCCAGUUCAGUAACAUAAAAACACUUCUGUGUGCUAAUAAAUAGGUUGGGUGGUAUUAUAAAAACUCACUAAAACAUGUUGCAUGUGCAUGCUGCACCAUACCUUGACCUACUUUUACAUGUCUGAAAAAUGUGUAUUACAAAAUAUGAAUUAACCAUAACAAAUCAUUAAUUUCUGUUGUAGCAUAUGUUGCUGUUAUUUUAUUAU